AUGGAGUGGUCCUUGACCUCACCGGGAGUCUCGCAAGCCUUCAAGCCGAUCGGUCGUGAGCACUGGGGCCUCUAUAUCGUUUGCUCCUUUGAACUCGGCCCUUCGCUCUCUGGGAGGAACCCGUCGACAGCACUGCGCGAUGCAUGGAAGACAUUGAGACAGGAGUUUCCGGCACUUGCUGUAAACCCUGAUGCCUUGACGAAGAAGACCUACGCCGUGCCUAGCUCUGUGUCAGUGGAUGAAUGGGCCAACGAGACCUUCUUCGUUGAGAGCAGCGCAGAUCCAGACGACGUUGUAGCGUCCUAUCCCUCCAGGGACACCCCAAGCUUAUACUUCUUUCCUACCCGGUCGCAGAUUCUUUUUCUUUGCUCUCACUGGCGCAUUGAUGGCCUCGGAACCUGUAUGCUCCUUGAACGGUUUUUCACGAUCCUAGCGCAAGGACAACCAGCACCGAACUCGUGGACAGAUGGCAUACAGAGCAUAUCGCCAAGCCUGGAGGAUGCAGCAGGGGCUCCAAGGACGGAGAAUCCCGAGCUCGUGGAGUUCGCACAGGGAUACAUCGAGGACCACCACAGAAACGCCGUUCACGCCGGUGGCUUGCCCUAUGCCGGCGAUACGACCACGCCGCCAGGCAGGGCGUCGUACAGCGCCAUCACAUUCGACCCCCAAGCACAGCAGCGCUGGUGA